ACGUCAUUUAGCUGCGACAGUUAGCUGCGUCAUCGGAACAAACGCCAAACGUUGUUGUGAACGCUACAGUUAGAGUAGUUGCCACCGUUCACCUCACCGCUUCCUCCUACUCUAUUACAACACCGAGCUCAGUUUACAGCUAAUGAAUCCGUUAAUUAGACGGAGACUUCCUCCGUCCGUGAGGAGUCUUCUGACGAACAUAGGUCCAAAGGAGGAGGAAUGGACUGAUAAAGAACCCGACACGGUGACCAGAGAUGGGAUUCUGCUCCCAUCCAGAGGACUUGCAUCUGGACAAGAGGACUUUCUCUCUCCAGCCAAGACCAAGGAGGAAAAGGCAACAGAGGCUGGGAGUAAUACCAGGAGGAAUGCAGUCUGCACGUUGUGUAAAUGUAAACCCUCUUGCUACACUUGUCCCCGCUGUAACAUCCAUUACUGUGGGUUGGCUUGCUAUCAGAGCAAAGAACACUCAGUGUGUUCAGAGGAAUUUUACAAGGAGUCUGUUCUUCGUGAGCUGAAGGAGAUGGGGAAAACAGAAACUGAAGGCAGAAAGAAAAUGCAAGAGAUUCUGUUGGGACUCAGACAAAAAGCAGAAAGUACACAUGGGGGGAUGGAGAGUUUGUUGAAAGAAGUAGGUAUUAUGGGAGAUGACACAGAUGAGGGCGAAGGAGAAGCAACAGAAAAGGUGCAGGUUAUGGAGCUCCUGUCCAGAUUAGCAGAGCUUCAGCAGUCUGGACAGGGGAAUGCAACAGAGUUUGAGGAUAUUUUGAGAAAACUUGAAGAGAUUGGAGGAGGAGAACUACUGCCUAGAGACACUGCUGAGGAUUUUGAAAGUGAAGAGGAGGAGCUGGACUUGGCAGACCGGUUGUUGGGGUUGGAUAUCGAUAAACUUUCAGAGGAUGAACUCUGGGAACUUCUUAACAAUAAAGAGAAAGAGACGUUUAUCGAUCUGAUGAAAGGUGGAGCUCUUGGUGGGCUAGUCCCUCUUUGGGAGCCCUGGUGGGAGGAGCAUGAGCAAGACAGGAAAGCACUAGUGGAGGUGCUUGAGGAAGAAAUGGGUAAGCUAGAGAGCGAAACUACAACAGUUAAAAAUGAGCAGGGCUGUAACAAUAAGGUCAAGCCAUCAGAAGAAGGGGUUGAGAAGAUGAAAAAUGUCAAAGAAAGAAUAAGAAAGAAAAAAAGAGCAGAUAAAGGAAGUUCUCCUGUGGGAAGAGUUCCCCCAAUUUCUGCAAAAAUUCCAAAGUUGAGUAAUUUAUGUGCAAACCCAUCACCUCUGGUAUGCUACAGUUUAGUCAAUGCACUUUAUAGCUAUGCCUUUACCUUGUGUCGGUUGAAUGGUGACACUGAUUCACUCAGGUUUGAGUUCUGUGACAUGAUAAUCGCUCUGUCUGAGGCACUGAACUCAAGCAGGGUGUUCAACUCUGUCCAGGAAGCCUUAGACUGUGGAGAAGCUCUUAUUCUCAAUGGAGGCUACCUUGACAGGGAUGAUCCUCAAGCUCCAGCCAGGUCUAUGGAAGCCGUGGCUCAUAUCAUGACCGGAAGAGACAGCCAGGAUGCUACUGGAUACUGCCUUGCAGCUUUGAGUCAGCUGCGCUCAGUGCUGUCUGAGGCCAGAACAACCCUGUCUAAAGAAGGAGAGGAAGGGGCAAAGAGACAGAAGUACUUCCUUGCCAGCAAGAAGUGUGAAUUCUUUCAAGCCUGGAUGUUGGACAAUGCACACCAGAUUCAUAGACUGGCUAUUGAGCUGUGGAGUGAACACAGUAGAAGAGAGAGUGUGAGAAAGGGCAUGGAGAAAUCAAAAGUUGAGGAAAAUUUCAAAAAUGGGAACAGGAAAGAGAACAGUAAGCUGAUUGAAGAAUUGAAUUAGUGAAUAUGUCUUUAUUGUGUUGGAUGUUAAAGUUCAAGCUGUAAUAAAAUUAACGAAAU